AGUGCGGCUAAAACGUGCAGGCAAGGUUUCCCUUCACCUUCUUCAUGUGAGACUUCCAGCGAUGCCGAACGCAGGUCCAGACUUCCCAGGACGGACCCCCAAGUGACCUCUUGACAUCCCUCGGAGAAAGGACAUCCUCCGGCAGGGAAUGGAAGCCAACAUGUCCCAGAGGAGAGGACCCACAAGAUCCAUCUUCCUGUCUUCAUUAUUAGUGUGCUGCAUGCUUGCCAGUGCCGAGUACUCCAGCUGUGGGGAGUACGAGUUCCUCAACCAGACGGGCAACAUCUGCCAGCCCUGCCCGCCCUGCCAACCUGGACAGGAGCCGCACAUGACUUGUGGCUACGGCGUGAAGGACGAGGACUUCUCCUGUGUGCCGUGUCCGCAUGGCAAGUACUCCAAAGGCAAAUAUGAGAUCUGCAGACGACACAAGGACUGCGACGCCCUCUACAAAGCCGCCGUGCGGGUGGCGGGGACGCCGGACAGCGACGCGGAGUGCGGGCCGUGUUUACCGGGGUACUACAUGCUGGAGAACAGACCCAGGAACCUCUACGGGAUGGUCUGUCACUCCUGCCAGAACGCCCCGCCCAACACCAAAGAAUGCAUGCGUCCUCAAGCACCAAUAGAAACACCACAGGUGGACCCUGACAGCACCACCGUCUUCCCCCACCUCCACAAAGAUCCAACAGGACAAGGUCACCUGGCAACCGCUCUGAUCAUCGCUAUGUCAACCAUCUUCAUCAUGGCCAUCGCCAUCGUCCUCAUCAUCAUGUUCUACAUCCUCAAGGCCAAGCCCAGUGGUCACGCAUGUUGCACAGGACAAGUGGUGAAAGCAGUUGAAGCUCAGACCAACAAGCAGGAGGACAAGAAGGACAAUCCAGAUAAAGUGGCCAUCUACUCGGAAAAAGAUGCCUUCGACAAACACAAGGCUCCGCCUCCAAUGGCAGUGAAAAGUGAAAACGACGCCUCGUCAGAGAACGAGCAGCUGCUGAGUCGCAGCAUGGACAGCGACGAGGAGGCGUCCUUGGAGAAGCAAGGCUCGCUCGACGCCAACAACCUGAACCCCAACCUGGGCCUGGUCAACAUUGGGAACAAGCCCGACCUGUGCCUGCUCUCUCUGGGCCUCCUGGACCCGGACCACGGCUGCAACGGGACCGCCCACGUGGCCCACAACCUCCCGAGUCCCGGCCACACGGGCGGUGUCAACCACAUCAGCAGCACCACCGCAGUCAGCGGCAAUAAAACCCCCGGGAUGUUGCAGAGUCGCAGGAAGAAGAUCCUGGAUCUGUACGCCAAAGUGUGCAACGUGACCGAGGGCCUGAGCCCCACCGAGCUGCCCUUCGACUGCCUGGAGAAGGCCAGCCGCAUGCUGAGCUCCUCCUACAGCAGCGAGGCGGCGGUGGUGAAGACGUGGCGACACCUGGCCGAGAGCUUCGGCCUGAAGCGAGACGAGAUCGGCGGCAUGAGCGACGGCCUGCAGCUGUUCGAGAGGGUGAGCACGGCGGGCUACAGCAUCCCCGACCUGCUGGCCCGCCUGGUGCAGAUCGAGCGGCUGGACGCCGUGGAGUCGCUGUGCUGCGACGUGCUGGGAGGCAACGAGGCGGCGGCGGCGGCGGGCAGACGGCAGGGCAUCAGCAGCUUCCACGGGCAGAUGGCGUGCCCGCCACUGUGCCAGCCUCCCUCGCAACGCUGCGCCAGCGUCUGACGUCGACGUGCCGCAAGGACCAGACUUUUGAACGUUGGAGGACCACAGAAAGGAUGUUUUAGGAACUAGUACCCUCUGAACUUUGAGUGUUCCUUAAACCAAAACACCUCAGACUAUUUUAUGCCUCCAACUUUAGACCGAAUCACCUGAAAUCAGAGGGUGCCAUAUUCCCAUACCUUGCAGCUUCCGCACCGGUUCAAGCACUUGCCGGGAAACAAGCUGCUGAGCAAUCCGAGCAGACGCCGCUUCGACGUGAUGUCAAAACUUUCCAGGACAACAAAGCAAGGAGGAGGCACUCAACAUGCAUUAGCUUGAUGCUAAUUUACAUUGGAUUUGCCAUUGACAUGCUACUGGUUAGCGUUAGCGAUUUUACAUGGCGAUUUCAACAGCUCCAAAUUUGGUAGUGAAAACUACAACGAGAUUCACGUGACUGUCGAAUGUCUGGGGCAGGGGUCCCCCAAAAUC